UUCUUUUUCGUUUGUCAACUCUUUUUCCUUCUUCUCCGGCGAUGCUUUUUGCUAGCCGGGAAAAAGGAAAGAAGGAACAAAAUCUUGCAUAGCAACCUUUUGUUUUUUUUUUUUCCAUCAAAUAAUCGUAUGAAGUUUACAUGACCCAAGUUGAAUUCUUUCGUGAAGAUUAGAUCGAUUUCUGGUAGGUUUUCAAGCAGCAAAAUGGAUAACCCGAAAGCUCCAUUAGCGGGAGUUACUAAAGAUUUUAAAGCUAGGUUGGCAUGCUACAAAAGUGACUGGCUUGAUACAUGCGGCUCUGGAGCAAGGAUUUUGGCUCCAACUGCAUACAUUUUCUUUGCUUCGGCUCUUCCUGUAAUCGCCUUUGGGGAGCAAUUAAGUCGGGAUACAGAGGGGACCUUAAGCCCUGUUGAGACACUCGCUUCUACCGCUAUAUGUGGGGUCAUCCAUGCGGUUUUCGGUGGGCAGCCAUUGUUGAUUCUAGGAGUUGCAGAACCAACCAUUAUAAUGUACCACUACUUGUAUGAUUUUGCCAAGAGCAGGAUAGGAAAAGAACUGUAUUUAGCAUGGGUCGGGUGGGUCUGUUUUUGGACUGCCUUGAUGCUGUUUCUUCUUGCUAUUUUUAACGCUUGUACCGUUAUCACUCGAUUUACAAGGGUGGCAGGGGAACUUUUUGGCAUGUUAAUCACAGUUCUUUUCAUUCAGGAGGCCAUCAGGGGUGUGGUGAGUGAAUUUAGCAUGCCAGAAGGUGAAAAUGCCACAGAAGAGAUAUUCCAUUUUGAAUGGCUAUAUAUUAAUGGGUUACUCGCAGUUAUAUUCACUAUUGGCGUGCUUAUCACGUCCCUGAAGAGCAGAGAAGCUAGGUCCUGGCGUUAUGGUACAGGCUGGCUUCGGAGUAUAAUUGCAGACUACGGGGUUCCACUGAUGGUUGUGCUAUGGACUGCAAUAUCUUACAGCGUACCGAGCAAAAUUCCUUCUGGAGUACCCAGGAGGCUGAACAGUGCUCUUCCUUGGGAUUCUUCAUCAAUGUACCAUUGGACGGUGGCUAAGGACAUGGGAAAGGUACCGGCAGGGUAUAUUUUUGCUGCCAUUAUACCGGCCCUGAUGAUUGCAGGUCUAUACUUUUUUGAUCACAGUGUAGCUUCGCAGCUGGCUCAACAGAGUGAAUUCAACCUGACAAAACCAACUGCCUACCACUAUGAUAUCUUGUUGCUGGGGGUCAUGACUUUGAUCUGCGGGUUACUUGGACUUCCUCCUUCAAAUGGGGUACUUCCACAAUCUCCAAUGCAUACCAAGAGUCUUGCAGUCCUUAAGAAGCAGGUGAUUCGGGAUAAAAUGGUUAAGUGUGCAAAAGAGGGCAUGAAGGAGCAAGUCAGCCACACAGAGAUCUAUGGACGAAUGCACGCUGUGUUUGUUGAGAUGGACAGUGCUCCAUCACAAGCCGUGGAGAAAGAGUUGGCAGACCUGAAGGAAGCUGUCGUGAAACACGACAAUGAAGGAGAAUCGAAUGGCAAAUUUGAUCCUGAAAAGUGUAUUGAUCUCCACUUGCCCGUUCGAGUAAACGAGCAAAGAGUCAGCAACUUUCUGCAAUCCGUAGCUGUGGGUCUUUCUAUCUGUGCUAUGCCUGUGAUCAAGAUGAUACCAACCUCGGUUUUAUGGGGAUACUUCGCCUACAUGGGCAUCGAAAGCCUCCCAGGUAAUCAGUUCUGGGAGAGGAUGCUGCUGCUCCUUGUUCCUCCUCGUCGUCGUUUCAAAAUCCUUGAAGAGUCCCAUGCUUCCUUUGUGGAGUCAGUCCCUUUCAAAUACAUAACCUCAUUUACACUGUUUCAGUUAGUCUAUCUCUUGGUGUGUUUCGGAAUAACCUGGAUACCUAUUGCUGGAAUAUUGUUUCCACUGCCUUUUUUCCUUCUGAUAAGCAUAAGAGAGCACCUUCUCCCAAAGGUGUUUCCACCUCAAUAUCUUCAGGAACUGGAUGCAGCUGAGUACGAAGAAAUUAUCGGAAAUCCAUUUAGGAGGAGUCCAUCUAAGAGGGACGGUGAAUCACCUGAUGAUGAUAGCGGUGAAAGUUCUGAUGAGUUUACUGAUGCUGAAAUACUAGACGAGAUGACGACCCACAGAGGUGAAUUGAAGCACAGGUCGAUGAGCUCCCGUGACAGGCAGUUUCCCGUUAUCCCAGAAGGAUCUGCUGCCAUGUAAGGAUCACCUGCAAUGAAAAUGCCUCUUCAAAUUAUUGUCAAGAAAUGGCAGGGGGGAAAAGAGCCAAAAGGAAAAUCUGCGGAUAGGAGAAUAACCAUUCUUUUCUUGACCAAGAUUAGAAUCGAUCGCAUAGUUUGCAGGAUGUCGCCUAAGCUCUUCGUUGUUGUUUGCAUUUCAAGUUUCCAAGCGAACAAUACAGGCUGCCAAGAGAAAGAAAAACGAGCAUAAGAGAUCAAGAAUAUCUUGGAGUUCAUGUACUAUGAAUUCUUCUUCAAAGCGUGAUAACUUGGAAAUUUUUACUGAUAUCAUUUGUUCAUUAGUUUGGAGAAUUAGACUGACGGGACGUAAACAAAUGUGAUUAUAUGUUAUUUAUUAAGUUGAAAUCAUGCUUUAUAUAUCACUUAUUUUCUGCUAAAA